AUGUGGGAGCAAGUGAAACUGCUUGGGCACAUGGGGAAAGUAUCUCUUAAAGGAGUAGUAAAUGAGGAGUUACUGGAUAUAUACAGGGAUGCUGAUCUGUUAAGUUUGUGUGAUAAGGUACCACUUUCUUAUAAGAGAGUGGUGCUGAUUUAUGUACAACACAUUGAAGAGGAAGGUGUUGCAGUGAAUGAGGAUUGUGAAGAGGUAGCUGUGGCAUUGAAUGAGGAUAGUGAGAAUAUUGGGCCUGGUAGUGGUGAAAAUAGGGCUUCUACUGAAGGCAGUAAGCCACUGAACAAUGAAAAAGAGGGCCGGCCUUUUACUGAGCAUCAUGGGCCUGCUUGCAGAGUUGAAGACUGGGUUUCAAGUGAUGAUGAUGGGCCCUUGAACAAUGAGGGUAGUAGGGCUGAUAUAGGUGACACUGAUGUGGAAGACAGUGAAGAAGAAGACAAGGAAGAGGACCCUGAUUUUGUUGACAACCAGCCAAAAGUAGUUAAAGACCCAAAUGCCCCUGUAGAUGAAGAUCGGGAGUCAACUGAUGUAGCUAAAAGUGAUGUUGAGAGCUUGUAUAGUAGCUCAGAUGAUGAGGAUGAUGGGAACCAGAAGAAAAGGAAGAAGAAAUUGCCUACAUUUCAAGAUUUUAGGCCUGAAAUAGACAUGCGCAACCCUGUGUUUAAGCUGGGUUUAAGGUUUGCAACCACUGACCUAUUUAGGAAAGCAAUUAGGAACUAUUCAAUUGUGAACAAGAGGAUGAUUAAAUUCAAAUGCAAUGAUCGUGAUAGGGGAUGUAGGCCAGUUAUAGGAUUUGAUGCUUUUCAAAUAAAGGGUCAUCACCCUGGACAAUUGUUAUCUACUGUUGGUGUGGAUCCUAACAAUGUCAUGUAUCCUAUUGCGUAUGCAGUGGCUGAGGUGGAGAAUUAUGAAACAUGGUCAUGGUUUUGUCAACUGUUGGCAGAGGACCUUGGAAUCGAAAACAUCUGCGGAUAUGUCUUUAUCACAGACAAGCAAAAAGGCUUGAUUGAUGCAGUACAUGAUCAUUUUCCAAACGCUGAGCACAGACACUGCCUCAAACACUUAGAAGCAAAUUUUUUGCUUGCUGGUCACAAAGAAUUGGUGUUGAAAUUGCAAAUGGAGAAAAUUGCAAGGAGCACAAUCAUCCCAUGGUGA